UUCUCUUCCUUCCCCUUUCUCUACUCGGAAGAAUCUCUGCAAUUAGCCUCAGAUUUCUAGUUUCCUCGACCGAUCCCACGCAAAUUCUUCGACUUUUUUAUUCUUCCAAGAGUUUAUUGAGUGGUCGAUCAGUUUUUUUUUUUUCUCUUGCUUGCUUUUUUCCAUGUCGCCGUUGCGGAACUGAUGGUUAUCUUUUUUCUGAUUGGACGCGAUCUUUUGGGAUUUUCCUCGAGUUUACUGACAGGAUUACAAAGGAACAGGAUGAGAACUUCCUGACAUUUUGUUGUGGUAGAAGUGUAAAUUCUUCAUAGUGCCAUUCAAAUGCACAUUUGAAGCAACUUUCCUCUUAGAAUAUAUGGGUUGUUGUGUUGGAGGGCUAGCUAAAUCUCAAUCAGCUAAUGAUAGAAUAUUGGGUCCACCCAAGAAGCGGAACAUAGGCCAGUUAUCCAUCCAGAAGAAAAGACAAUGGUCAUCAAGUCCUGAACCUGAAGUAAUGGAAAACAAUGUUAGCAAUUCUCUUUCCCUGGUGACGAAUGUCUCCUCGUGUCCCACUACUGUCAAUGAUGAGACCAAGUUAAUGGAGGAAAAUGCUAACAAUGUUUCAUUCGUCAACCAAGGUGCUAUAGCCUGGAAUGAGAUGAGAAGGGUGUGGGUCGGAGAUCGAUCAAAAAGGCCCCACAGAGCUCCAAGGGAACCGACAAUAAGCUGGUGUGCAACCUACGAGGAUUUGCUCUCGACCAACCGACCUUUUCCACAACCCAUCCCAGUAUCUGAGAUGGUAGAUUUUUUGGUCGACAUUUGGCAGGAGGAAGGACUUUAACGAUUAGCAGUACUCUUUGCUAGUGUGGAAAUUUUGUCUGGCCUUCUGGUUAGCUAAAUUAAGUAGAUGUAUUUUUUGUCAAGGGGGUGUUCUUGUAUAAAAACAAAAUGCAUUGGCGUCACCAUUCGACCCCAAGAAAAAAUUGUGUUAAUGGUAUUAGGUGAAGAAAGUAAACAAGCAAAGCAAAAAGAACCAUUCUAUUAAUCAGAGAGCAUCUCAUGAAUGUCAUGCAACCUCAAGUUCAACUUUGGGAUGAUAAGCCGGAAGGCAAGAGUUCCGAGACCAUCCCGGUCUGUGGCGAUGGGCAAGAACAAGCUCAUCAGCAUCUGCAACACAAAAAUCUGCACUUCAUCAUGAGUGGGGAAUGUGAUCGACCAAAUUUACAUUAUUCGAAUCCAUGUGUCUAUUUUAGCAUCCUACAUCGUGAUCAUGCGCCUUAUCUGAUCACAUUAAUUGCUUCCAUAUCUUUCUUAUCCGAACCCCAGCAAAUUCACGGCUGUGGUGUGUCGGCAGAUAUGCGCUACCGAACGAACGGUCCAAGUCAUGGAACAGAUUCUUCCGGAGGCUAAUCGUAGGCGUUGGCGACGAGGAUCCGCGCCCACGAAUUGACGCGCAAGUGACGGGCAGCGUGGAGGCCCAAGGAACGGCUGGGGGCCGGCCAACCCCACCUCGUCCCGUGGCGAACGACAUGCACGGCCGUGUGACUAGGAGGGAGAUAAGAGCGGGCUAGCGUUCGUCGGAUUGGCCGAGGCCACGUGAAUAGCCACGCUCCUUCACGUGAGGGCGGGACGCCGGCCCCACCGGCUGUUGGGAAAACAACAUGUGCUCCUUUUCGUUUGCUGUUCUUAAAAGCUCCAAAACGGAACAGGAGUGGGAAGUCCCUUUCAUUCUCUCCUGAAGCCCUCCUAUUAUAUAUAUGAGCACAAACGAGGCAUCUCUGCCCACAGCUUUGGACAUCAUCUUGUUGAGAGAGAGAGAGAGAGAGAGAGUUCUUCGGAUGGUAGAGAUAUUUCUGGAGAUCUCCAGAUCUCUCGCGCAGAGACAGAGAGAGAGAGAGUUCUUCGGAUGGUAGAGAGAUUUCUGGAUAUCUCCAGAUCUCUCGCAGAGAGAGAGAGAGGGAAACUCGUGUUCUUCAGAAGGUAGAGAGAUUUUGUACUGCAAAUUAGAGAGUUUUAUAUUUCCACUGCCGACAUCUUGCAGCCCAAGAUGGUUUCUGAUGGCGGAGGGAGAGGUGUCUGUUGUGUGUGUGCGAGAGAAAGGGGAAUGUGUGUUGCUAAAAAUGGUUUCAGUUGGCACAGAGACAGAAUGUGUGUUUGUCCGAGAGAGAGAGAGAGUAUGCGCGUGCGUGUAAGUGUGUGUGUGUGUGUGUGUGUGUGUGUGUGAAUGAGUGAGAGAGAGAGAGAGAGAGAGAGAGAGAGAGAGACCUACUGCAAAAAUAUCUUUGAGCCCAAGAUGGUUUCAUAUGGCUGCAUUUGCACCUGCACCUAAAGGGGAGCGGGGUGGCCGUGAAGAAAACGAGUUUACAUCCACCAUGUAGGUGCAGCGGCAAAUGCAACCAUAUGCCAUUUUGGUUUCCUUUCCUACCAUCACACUGCCACCAAAGCACCAAAGGAGGUAACAAAUUGUUUGGGUUUCCCCUCGCCAGAAUCAAGAUCUCCAUCCAGAUUUGUUUUCACAGUACCAAUAAGGGAAAAGACAAGAGCCUAAAACCUCCUUUCUAUGGAGGUUUAGGGGAAGAAAGAGGGACGGAAAGCAAGAGUUAUGCUUAGGCCGAUUUGAGCAGCGGCUAAAUAGAACAGGUUGGAAAAACCAAAACAAACGCCCUUAAUGUUUCACAAAGCUAUAUGCUGAGGCUCACUUUGGAGAUCUUUUAGGUUUUGUUUUCCCUUAAUACCUAAGUUGACUGAAGAACUAAUGUUUCUACUCUUUCCUUUCAUUUACGACCACUGUCGAUGUUUGCAUCCUAAAAGAAGUUGAUGCUUACAAACAGAUGGAAUUGACUCAAGUAUCAGAUGCUGCGCGAAGCACCUCGGAAGGUUCUAUAAGGUUUCAUUCGGACAAACUCAAGGGGCCAGUUCUGAUGUGAUAAUGUAGGGAUAGUAUGUAAGAUCUAUGAUAGAUAUGUUAUGUAGUACAUAGCAAUACCGAUAAGCUCAUGAUGCAGAAAAUUAUGAGAGUCCACCUUGUCACACAUCCGGCAGAGUUCUUGCCCAUGUGUGUUGUUAUCCAAGGUUUUGAGGUUUAAUUUGUGGAUUUGAUGCUAUAUAACUAGUGAUCCUUAAACAUAGAGUUCUCUUUGAUCA